AUGGCGUCCUACACAUCAGGACGCUUCUCAGAACGCGCGGCGCCUUACAUAUCGGGACGCUUGCCAGGACGAUCAACAGUUGAGUCCGAAGCACGACCUACUCCUCAGGCUUCUACUUCAACAGCUCCAGCAACCCAAGAAGAAAUAAGCCCUUUCGUGGAGCACCUUCCUCUAGAGGUUCUUCGAGAGGAAGGGGGUCCUUCAGAGUUAUUUGCCUUUCUUUCAGGAGGAAGCCUUCCAGCACCAGUUGAAAAGAGUGACAAGAACUCCAAGACGAUAACCGAGUAUGCCUUCAACGAUGAAGGGAAGAAGAUCAAGAUCACCAGCUCGUACCGCAUUGAGAAGGUUCGCGUGGCGAGGACUAUUGCCAAGAGGAAGACGUGGGCUAAGUACGGCAUCAGUAAGAAUGACAAACCUGGGCCCAACCCAGCCACAACUAUCACUGCUGAAGACGUCUUCAUGCACUUCUUGACAAACAAGGAGGAGGACCAGAACGAGCAAGAAGAUCUGAAGAAGAAGCUCUUGGACCAGCAGAAGGGUCAGGUCAAAUGCCGUCUGUGCAAAGAAGACCAUUGGACCAAGCAGUGUCCUUACAAGGACAAGUUGGAGCCCUUGCGUACGUCUCUGCUGGGUGAAGAGAAAGUGGAAGACGAGGGUCCCUCGGUUCCCGGCGCUGCCGACAAAAGCAAGUUGGGAGCCCCAGAUGGCCCUGGAAAGUACGUGCCUCCUUCCAUGAGGAUGGGGGCCUCCAAGAAGGGAGAAUCCAUGAUGUCUGCCAGGGGCCGAGACGAAACGGCAACAGUCAGGGUGACCAAUCUGUCGGAGAACACGAAGGAACAGGAUCUCCAAGAGCUCUUCAGAUCCUUCGGUGACAUCAGCCGUAUCUUCCUCGCCAAGGACAAGAACACCGGACAGUCGAAAGGCUUUGCUUUCAUCAAUUUCAAGAGACGUGAAGAGGCAGCCAGGGCUAUUCAGACUCUCAAUGGAUAUGGUUAUGAUCAUCUCAUCCUGAGUGUAGAAUGGGCCAAGCCAUCUGGUACACACUAAGCGCGAGUUUUUGAGUAGGUGCUCUUCUUCUAUUGGUUUCCAGCCGGACGUCAGAAGUCAUGUUAUGAUCCUUUUUCUAAGAAUAUAAUAGGAAAAUAAAAAUUGAGACACGAAGAA